CUUGUCUCAUUGUUGCGGCAAAAGAUGAUCUGGAUCCAUAUAUGACUGCAAUUCAAGACUCAACAAGGGAUACGACUGAAUCCCAUAGAAUAGUGACAUCCAACUAAUAGGGCUGCAUGUUUAUGUGCUUAUAGUGCAGGAUAAUAGAGAUGAGGUAUAUCUACUUUCCUUUUGUUUGCUUUGUAUUUGUUUUCUUCAUGUUUGGAUUUGUGUAACUGUAAGGCCCAUGGAGGUCCUGGAUGUAUAGGUAGAUUUCCAUUUGUUAUGCUGUAAUUGUUUUCCUUCAUCUAAUUGUCUUGGCUGCUUAUUACGCCUGCCACUUUGAGUACAUAUUUUAUUACAAUUUGUUUUUCAUAGGUGAGUCAGGAUUUGGGAAUAGAGGCUCCUAUACCUAUGAGCACAAAGUUAGGAGACUUCAACAAUGUAUUCCAUAGGAUUGUAAUUGCAGCGGAGCACCCUCAUUUAAGCAUUCCAGAAACGGAAUCUGGGAGAACCCGUAAACAGUACCACCGGCUUAUUAACCGGUCUCUCAUGGUUGUAUCAGUUGGAGCUGCUGUGGCCAUUGUUGGAUUGGCAGCUUACCGUGUUUAUGCUGCAAGGAAAAACACCUCUGGUUAA